AAUAUUAUUAUCUUCUAGGAAAACGUAUGCUCUGUCGCGUCGAUUUGAACGUAAAACUGAAAUUUAGAAAUAAAUAUUAGGUAGGUAUGGUGUAAGUAACCAAUUUGUAUCAGUUUUUAUGCAAUUGUGCAAUUCUAUUGUAGUAAUCAAAUCUCAGAUCGAAUUUGAUACACAAAAAAUAUUGUGUUUAUCGUAGUAAAGCUUCAAAAUAUUUUUAUAGAUCUUAUUUUUUGUACGCUGGCCGCACUGAUAGACAAAUUCAUUCAUAGCCGCCCUCCGCCCGCCCAUCUCCACACUCCUCAGAGCGCUCUAAAUAGUAACCGCCCAACACGAGACGAUUCACGAUACUCGUAGCGCGGCUCGAUCACCACAUUCACUAAUCUCUCACAGGAGACGGGCGGGUCGCGCGCCUUAUUAUGCGAGCAGAGGAAACAUGUCCCUACACCCGCAGCUGCCCGACGCGACCGCUAGCGGUGACAACAAUGAGUACGUACACAUACGUUGCCUCAUUGCGAACAUACACAAACCAAGAAAUGUGUCGCGACCGCCCUCAACUACCCCCUCGCUGGAGAUGGUCUUGGAAUCACCGACGUCUUCUGACACGGAGCAGAGCGUUACAGAAUCGGAGAGAUCGGAUGCUAUCGCCGCUGAAGAUGUGAUGCGGACACCGCCUCCUCGAGCCAAAAGCAAUAGUAUAGCGGGUUCCAUGCUGGCGCCGCCUGCUGUCCACAAGACCCGGCGGCGCUCGUUCCUGCACCUGCAGGUGGGGCAGCACGAGCACGAGGGCCCUCACUCGGCGGGGGUGCACCUCAACGUGCCGCGGUUCACCGUGACAGCGCCGCCCGGAGAGCAUCGCCGGUUCAGCCACGGCUUUGCUUUCCCUGGGUUCGCACUACGAAGACAUUCUAACACGAGCCUGCACCGCAGCGAGUCGAUGGUAUCACUGGCGUGCUUCAAGACGCUCUCGCAGCUCGUGAACAGCGACAACCUGGCAGAACUACAGCAGUACCUCACCAACAACAAGAAUGUUACCAUUGACGACAGAGAUGAGAACGGCACAACAGCCCUCAUGUGUGCGGCUGAGAACGGGCGCGUUGCGGCGGCGCGGUUGCUGCUGGCGUCAGGAGCUGACGCAUGCGCCGCGGACGCUGACGGCUGGACCCCGCUCGCGUUCGCGGCCCGCGGCGGUCAUCUCAGCAUCGUUAAAGAACUGCUAGACGCUGGUGCUAAAGUCGAUUCCAGAGACUGUGGUGGGUGGACGCCGAUGCUUUGGGCAGCAUACAAGGGCCAUGAAGAAGUUGUAUCACUAUUACUUGAAAAGGGAGCCGACGUACAUGCACACGGGAAUUAUAACAUCAACUCGUUAGUAUGGGCGGCGGGCCGCAAGCACAGCGGUGUCGUCCAGCGCCUCCUGGCGGCGGGCGCGCGCGCCAAUUCGUGCGACAAGUACGCGACGUCCGCGCUCACGUGGGCCGCGCGCGCCGGUGACGUCACGUCCUGCGCGGCCUUACUGAGGGCGGGAGCUGAUCCUAACACCGCCGGCAUGUACUGCUGGACUCCACUGUUGCAGGCUACACAUGGUAAUCACUUCGAGAUAGUCCAAAUGCUGUUGGAACACAAGCCCAACGUCAAUGCGCUAGACAAGGACGGCUACACCGCGCUGGCCAUCGCAUGUAAAGAGGGAUACUACGAUAUCGCUUUGGCUCUUAUUAACUCCAGCGCUUAUAUUAACGUGCAGGAUCAAUCUAAAGACACGCCGCUCAUUCACGCAGUAAAGGGUGGUCACAAGAACAUAGUGGAGGCCUUACUGAAGAAACACGUCGAUGUGGACCUCCCGGGUAAGGAGAAGAAGACACCAGUGUACACGGCCGUGGAGAAGGGUCACGUGUCCAUACUCAAGUUAUUGCUGGCUUCCAAUCCCGAUUUGGAACAUAGUACUAUCACCGGAGACACACCACUGAUGCGUGCGGUGAGAUCUCGCCACGCGGAGAUGGUUCAGCUCAUGUUGGAGCGCAAGGCCCGCGUCAACGUGGCCGACAACCGUGGCGAUACGGCGCUACACAUCGCCAUGAGGGCGCGCUCUAAGCAAAUCGUAGAGAUACUUCUAAGAAAUCCGAAGAACAGUCAAUUGUUGUAUAAGCCUAACAAGCUGAAUGAAACCCCAUACAAUAUAGACAUGAGUUACAACAAGACGAUCCUUGGACAGAUAUUCGGUGCUCGGAAACUGAAUACUAAUGAGGAUAAUGAGAAUAUGUUAGGAUAUGAGUUGUACAGUGCGGCGCUGGCUGACAUGCUGUCGGAGCCUAGCCUGUCGGUGCCCAUCACAGUGGGAUUGUACGCGAGAUGGGGUUCCGGGAAAUCGUUUUUGCUCAAUAAACUAAAAGAGGAGAUGAAGAACUUCGCCCGUCAGUGGAGUGAGACCGGCUGGGCGUGGUCGUGGGCGGUGUCGUGGGGGGCGUGGCACGUGGCGCUGUCAGUCGCCGCUAUCUCAGCCGUGAUCGGCGCGCCGCCCUAUGUGGCGCUAGGACUGUGCUUCGCCUUAUUCGCACUCAUCUACCUAGCGCUCUAUAUACUGUGGUAUACUGGUAACAGAUAUGAGUGGUGGUGGGCGGGCGGCGUGGUAUCCGCAUUGGGGCGGCGGUUUAGCUCGCUGCUGCUGGCGCUUCAGGUAGUGUUCUGCCACCCGCCCGGGCCCAACGACCCGCGAGCACUGCCCGCCACGCCCAUACGAUUCCACUUCACAGAGGGCAUGAAGAGCGGCGGUGGGCAGGAGGGCGACGCUAUGGUGGUGCAGAUGAUAGCCAGCCUGGGCGAAGCUCUGGAGUGUCAGUACGGACGCAUCUGUACGCGGCUGGCGAGGGCCUUCCGACCUAAACCCGUGUCUGCUACGUCUGGAUGGAAAUGGCGUCGCGUUUGCUGUAUACCACACAUAGUGACGUUUGAACUGGUCUUCACGUGCUUCCUCAUCGGCCUGUGUGUACUUAUCAUGUACUUAACCGACAGGGAUUCUGACUCGCAGCGGCGUGAUAUCCAACAGGGGCUGGUGAUCUUCGCGGGCGCGGUGAGCGGCGCGGCGCUGCUGGCCAACCUGUACACGUGCGGGCGCGUGCUGGCCGCGCUGCUGCAGCCGCCGCGCGCGCGCCUGGCCCGCGCCACGCGCCGCCGCGCGCCCACGCUCGCGCUGCGCCCCGAGGUGCAGGCGCUCACGCACAUGGUGUCAUGUCUAGACGCGUUCACCGGACAACAAACCCGCCUUGUAGUAGUCGUCGAUGCCUUGGACAGCUGUGAACAGGAAAAAGUGCUGGCGCUACUCAACGCUGUACACGCACUCUGCUCAGACCCAAAGAGCCCAUUCAUAUUGCUACUGGCGAUUGACCCGCAUAUCAUAAGCAAGGCAGUGGAGGUGAACAGUCGCCGCGCCUUUAGCGAGAGCAACAUCGGCGGGUGGGACUACCUGCGGAACAUGGUGCAACUGCCGUUCUACCUUCAGAACUCUGCGCUCAGGAGGGUCAAGGCAGCCCAGCAGACUGCCUCCAGAAGGAUGCAGGCCAUCGCCGCUGAUGACUUCUCUACGUCCCUGCAAAGAUCUGUAUCAGCCCGUCGUCUAUCCUCGACAUCAGAGUUAAUGUCAAGCCAAGAGCGCAUCAAGGGCCAAGCGGCCCGCGAGCGUCGCCUGCGCCCGUCCGAGUCGGUCGCGUCGUCCGUAGCGUCGGGCCUGCACCGCGCGGCGGGGGGCGCGGGGGGCGCGGGCGCGGCCGACCUCAACCGCGUGCUGCUGACUGACGACUACUUCAGCGAUGUCAACCCGAGGAGCAUGCGGCGGCUGAUGAACGUACUCUAUGUUACUGGUCGACUUCUAAAAGCAUUCCAAAUCGAGUUCAACUGGUAUCAGCUGGCGUCGUGGGUGAACCUAACUGAGCAGUGGCCGUUCCGCACCUCUUGGAUUAUCUACCACCACGAGACGUAUGAGGAACAUAUCGAUGACUCCACUUCACUGAAGAAUAUAUAUGAGAAAGUAAAACCCCUCAUGAGCGGUCUCCGUGAAGCAAGCACCCUAAUGGAGUUAGAUCGCGACGAGCGCAAGUUGGAAGUGUUUCUGAGUUUCCAUCGUGCAACCCUCACCGCGGCCGACCUCAAGAUAUUUCUGCCUUUUACCAUCAAUCUGGACCCGUAUAUCAAGAAACUUAUCAAAGAGGAACAACUUCAGAGCGGUGUGGAAGAGGACGCGGGCGCUGGAGGCGCUGCUGCGGGAGUGAUGUGGGGAUCACAGCAUCAGCGUCAGCCGCACUCUAAACUGUUUCCGAGGAAACAUCGUUCAGCGACCCCGAACCCAGGCCCGGCAGGCGCAGUUCCUACACAGCAGAUGUGGGUGGGCUGGGCCAACCCAACCGGCACCGGCUUCGUUCCGCAGCCCAUCUCCACGCAGUUCCCGCAGCCGCAGUACACACAACCACCGCCACAGCAACAACCAAACCAGCAACCCACGCAGAACCCCUACCACAUGCUGAGAUCUGCCUUCCCUGGACUGACCGACGUAUCCAACAUCCGCCUAUCGACGCUGAGUGUGGAGCGCGUGUGUGGCGUGGUCCGCGAGGCGCUGGGCGCGGGCGCUACGGCCGCGGCCACGGCGCUGGCCACGCACCGCGUGUGCGGGCUCGCGCUCGCCGUGUGCCGCCUGCCCGACCUGCAGCCGAUUCUCGACCUACCGUUCGGAGACUGGGAACUCUUCAAGUUGCUAAUCGUAAACCUACGUGAACUUGAAGCUAACAUGCCUUCAACUGUACCGGCAGUCGCAGUAUUAACAGAAAAGGCGCCUGAGGUAGAAAUCGAUUCGGCCAAGCCGAGACCUGCAUUAGAACACCAACGCAGUCGGCCGUCCAAUGUUGAGAAACAGGUAACUCUGGAGGAGCAGAUGAUCUGCGGCGCGCUGCAGACUCUAAACGAGGAGGCGCUCGAGGACGUGAUGCAGUCGGAGCCCCCCUCGCACCCAGACGAGGAGAGCACGCUGCAGUUGCGGCUGGCGGGCUCGCUGUGCAGCAGCCCGGCCGGCAGCCCGCGCGCGCUGCGACGCGACCCCUCCAUCCUCAAGGGCGGCAGCUUCCGGCGCCGCCCGCCCGGCGACCCGCCCGCCGUCACCUUCAACGUCGAGAACGAGGACGACUCCGAUGACGACGGCCAGAUUACGUUCAGCGCGCGGCCCAGAGGUGGGGCGCGUGCCCCGCCCGCCCCGCGCUCGCGGCCCUGCUCGCUGCUCGUGCCCGACGACGCGCCUGAUGACCCGCCCGGCGCCGCCGCGCUCGCCGCCCGCUCGCGCUCCGUCGAGGACUCCACCAAGACCGGCUCACCCGUCGUGGACCUCAAACUGCGCGGCCUGCGCCGGACCGCCGAUAUCCUACGAAAGGUUAGCUCCGCAGAGAGGUUAACACGGCUGCGAGAUAAAAUUAUGUCACGGGGAGGCUCACGAGAAAGAAGUCCCGUUCGAGACGAAGCUAGCGACGACGAAUCUGCGCCCCUAGUGUCACCGGUGGGCGCACCAAUGGCAGUGGCGGCGGCCCCGGCGUCGCCCGGGCCGCCGUCCGAGGCGUCCACCCUGGCGGGCGCGAGCAGCGCGGGCAGUGCCGAGCGCACGCCCACGAGCGCGGAGCUGUCGCCGCGCUCCGACGUGACCGAGCUGGAGUCCCCGCAGUCGGCGGGCGCGGCCUUCGACCUGCUGCCGGGCGACAAGCGCGCGGAGGGCGGGGCGCGCGCGCGCCUGGAGCGGGCGCCCAGCAGCGUGUCGCUGGGCAACAUGGUGGAGCCCUACAACAUGCGGCUGCUGGCGCGGGGCACGUCGGACGGCGCGCGCUCGCUGUGGCGCCAGGACGCGCUGGACGCGGGCCCGCCCUGGCCCUGGGACGAGCCCGACUCGGCCGUGUGACGAGCUCGUCAGGCACGCUACUCUUAUUUUGUUGCUCGCGGCCGAGACUCAAUCGAAAGUGUAGCCGCUCGUUGCGUGGCGGCAACGCUUCGAUGAUGAUUAGGGUGUGGUAUGUUUUAGUCGAAGACUGCCGAAGCUAUAUAUUUCCAAAAGGAAUUUAUAUUUUUAUAUAGUCUCGGCGUAAUUUUAUCGUAGCUAGAAAAAAUAUCGCCAGAAUGGUGAAGAACAAAUUCGUGAAAAUUUACAUAAAUACACCUUACCAUUUUGACAGCUCCAAUAGAUGAAACUUUAUGACACGAAAACAUAUUUUAGUUUGACAGAUUGCAUUUAAAUGUAAUGAUUGACCCAGUAUUGUGAUAAUUAUAUCCUUAAGUAUAUCUUUUAUUUGUUCCCAAUGAACAAUCUGUAGUUAUGGUUUUUAUAACAUACUGCAUCACUUUUUUGUGUUAACCACGACUGUAGAACGUUAAAUAAAACUUAAAUCCACCAUUAAA